AUGGAGUCAAAGUACAAUCUUCACUCUCUCUCAUGCAUCGCAUUUUUCCUCCUUCUCAACAUUUUUCAAGCUGACGUCAUCAAUGCUCGAGCAGUGCAUCCACCUCAUCAGCAUGACGUCACCAAAAAAAACCCACAAACCCUAGAUUACCUCAAAAACCUAGUCGGAACCCGAAAAGGGAACACGGCGAAAGGCCUUUCCCACCUCAAGGGCUACCUCUCGAACCUCGGAUACAUGAACAUCGACAGCAUAAUCGCCAAGCCUUCCCCCGAGCAAAACAACGACUCGUUCGACGAGAACCUCGAACUCGCCGUACGAGCUUACCAGAGCUUCUUCAAGCUCAAAGUCACCGGCGUGCUCGACGCCGCCACCGUGAACCAAAUGAUGCAGCCCCGGUGCGGCGUGGCCGACAACUUCUCGGUCCUCAACCAAACCCACCUCAUGACCGAAUCGCCGGUCAUCGCCAAGCACUACACCUUCUUCCCGGGGAAGCCGGUAUGGUGGCCCGGAAAGACCGAUCUCACGUACUCGUUCCCCGCGGGCGCGUCGUACGACCUAGACGAGGGCAUAUUCGAGGCCACGGGGUUAUGGAACAACAACUCCAUCUUCAAGUUCGCGUACAUAAAGGAUUACGAUAAAGCCGACGUGAAGAUAAGCUUUCAAGUGUGGGACCACGGCGACCGGGCCCCGUUCGACGGGCCCGGAGGGGUUUUGGCGCAUGCGUUCGCACCGACCGACGGGAGGCUGCAUUUCGACGGGAGCGAGAAAUGGGUAGAUGGUGUCAAAGAUGGGGCGUUCGACGUGCAGUCGGUGGGGCUCCACGAGUUGGGACAUAUACUCGGGCUCGGCCAUUCGGCAGAUGCCAAUGCAGUUAUGUGGCCUACUUUUCAAACUAAACAAAGGAAGGGUUUAGGGCAAGAUGAUAUCGAUGGGAUUAAGGCUUUGUACCCAUCUUAA